AUGUUAAACAAUCUUGAUCUAAUGAAAAAUCAAAUAACAGGUUCAAUACCCCGAGAACUUAGCAACCUCACUAUGUUAAAUAAACUUUAUCUCUACAAAAAUCAAAUCACUGGUUCAAUACCUGUAGAACUGGGCAUCUUGCCAAAUCUACAAGAAUUAGACUUUUCGUACAACCAAAUAUCUGGCUUUAUUCCUGGCAGCUUAGGAAAUAUAACCAAGCUGGUAGUACUUUCCCUUGAUGUAAAUCAGAUAACCGGUUCCAUUCCCCAAGAGAUUGGCAAUCUGAUGAGCCUCGAACUAUUAGGCUUGUAUCAGAACCAUAUUUCAGGAUCAAUACCAAAAACCUUUGGGAAGUUGCAAAGCAUCCAAGAACUACAAAUCUAUGAUAACAAAUUAUCAGGUUCUCUUCCUCGAGAAUUCGGAGAUCUCGUAAACCUUGUUCGACUUGGGCUAUCUAGAAACUCACUUUCAGGACCUUUACCCGCAAAUAUAUGCUCAGGUGGUAGACUAGAACAAAUAGUUGUCUUCUCUAAUAUGUUCAAUGGCCCUAUUCCAAGUAGUUUAAAGAAAUGUACAAGUUUGGUUCGAAUUGACCUUCAGUCGAACCAACUAACAGGAGAUAUAUCUCAGCAUUUUGGUGUCUAUCCACAACUCACAAGGAUGGCCUUGUCAUCAAAUAGACUCUCUGGGCAGAUCUCCCAAAAUCUAGGUGCAUGUAGCCAACUGAUGGUACUACGUCUAGCACAAAAUAUGAUCACGGGUUUCAUACCUCCUAUCCUUUCUAAAUUAUCCAAGCUGGAAGAACUAAGACUUGAUUAUAAUCAUCUCAGAGGUGAGAUUCCACCAGAAAUUUGCAGUUUAACAAAUCUCUAUAGACUAAACUUAUCAUCGAACCAAUUAUCUGGAUCCAUACCUGCACAGAUAGAAAAGCUAGGAAAUCUAGGAUACCUUGAUAUAUCUAGGAAUAGACUGAGUGGAUUAAUACCUGAGGAACUAGCGACUUGCAUCAUACUAUUGUCCUUGAAGAUCAACAACAAUAACUUCAGUGGGAGUUUGCCUGGUGCAAUUGGAAAUUUGAUAGGCCUGCAAAUCACGUUAGACGUGAGCAACAAUAACCUAAGUGGUGUGUUGCCGCAACAACUUGGGAAGUUGCAGAUGCUAGAAUUUCUGAAUCUAUCACAUAAUCAGUUCGGUGGCACCAUUCCAUCCUCCUUUGCAAGCAUGGUGAGCCUUUCAACGCUUGACGUGUCAUACAAUGACUUGGAAGGACCAGUCCCAACACUCAGGCAACUCCAAAAUGCUUCAGCAAAUUGGUUUCUUCCCAAUAAAGGUCUGUGUGGUAACCUCUCUGGCCUACAACUUUGUGAUUCAACUCCAGUUCCAGCCGGUCACCACAAACGGAAGAUACUUGGUUUGCUUUUGCCAAUUGUUCUUGUGGUGGGUUUUGGCAUUUUUUCUGCAACUGUUGUCAUAAUAGUGCUUAGUCGUAACAAGACAAAACCACAAGAAGUUGUUACUGCUGAAGGAAGGGACCUAUUCUCUGUUUGGAAUUUCGACGGAAGAUUAGCAUUUGACGAUAUCGUAAGGGCAACGGAAGACUUUGAUGAUAAGUACAUCAUUGGAACAGGAGGAUACGGCAAUGUCUACAAGGCACAACUCCAAGACAGUCAGCUAGUUGCUGUGAAGAAGCUUCAUCAGACAGAAGAAGAGUUGGAUGACGAAAGAAGGUUUCGCAGUGAAAUGGAAAUCUUAUUACAGAUCCGCCAACGAAGCAUUGUCAAAAUGUAUGGAUUCUGCUCCCAUUCAGCGUAUAAAUUUCUUGUCUACGACUACAUUCCGCAAGGAAGCCUCCACCGGACGUUGGAAAAUGAGGAGCUAGCAAAGGAAUUGGAUUGGCAGAAGAGAAUUGUUGCUGUAAAUGAUGUGGCUCAAGCAGUAUCUUAUUUGCACCACGAAUGCAGUCCACCUAUAAUCCAUCGAGAUAUAACGAGCAACAACAUCUUACUUGAUGCAACCUUCAAGGCUUUCCUCUAA